AUGCCAAGUGAUGAGCAUGAAGUAUCUCAGAACUCAAUUGAAAUCAAACAAAAUGACAAGUUCUUCACUAGGAUUAUGUCCAAAGAAACCUCCAUGGCCAAUUCUUCGUCCAGGGUCUAUUACGGAGGUGCUUCAGGUGCAAUUCCAUUCAUGUGGGAAUCAAGCCCAGGUACCCCAAAGCACACAUUUGCUGAUACCUCUAUCCCUCCUUUGACACCUCCUCCUUCGUAUCAUUCAACUUCAAAAUCAAAUUCCACGCACAAGUAUGUAAAGCCAAACCUCUUGACCAGCAUCUUCCAUAGGCUCACCCCUAAAGGGACUCGUAUGUCUCCAUCAUCUUCAAUGUCGUCUUCAACGUCAUCUUCGUCAUCUUCGUCAUCGUUUUAUUCAUCACCAUCAAACUUCAAGCACUCAAAAUCUAAAAAAUGCUACGGUUUUCCAUGUGCAAGAUCGCCUAUCUGUUACAGGGAUGAUGAUGAUGAUGAUGAUGGACAUGGCCUUAGAUCACCCAUUUCAAAUUUGUGUUAUGAUAUUAAACGUAAAGCUGUGAAUGGGUGUCAUGGUUACCAUUUGGCGAACAUGAAGAAUGCAGUUUUGUCACUCGUACGGCAUGGAUCAUCAAGCUAA